CGGCGGGAGAGUAGCACAUUUAUCCUCAAAUUUAUUAAUAGCGAGUCAUACUUGAUAGUAAUUGAGUGAUAAGUGUUUAUUUAUUUGCACAAAUAAGGCUUAAAAUUUGUGAAAUCAAACGUGUUUAUCAAUUAUUACUGUUGAGUCUGUAAACAGUUCGUGUUGUUGUACGUUAGUGUUGCUUUUAAAGCAAUCCCCAGGAAUCUGGUUUGUUUUUAGUUAACCGUUUUUAGCGCCCCGGCAACAAUGGCGAAGGUACAGGUGCUGAAUGUAGCAGUCCUAGAUAACCCGAGUCCAUUUGGAAAUCCUUUUCAGUUUGAAAUAACGUUUGAGUGUAUGGAGGACCUUCCCGAAGACCUUGAAUGGAAGAUCAUCUACGUUGGCUCAGCAGAGAGUGAAGAGUAUGACCAAAUCCUCGACUCAGUCUUGGUCGGUCCAGUACCUGCUGGGAGACAUAUGUUUGUGUUUCAGGCCGAUGCCCCAAACACUGGAUUGAUUCCUGAAAGUGAUGCUGUUGGUGUGACUGUUGUGCUAAUUACCUGCACAUACCGCGGCCAGGAGUUCAUUCGCAUCGGUUACUAUGUGAACAAUGAAUACACAGAACCCGAGCUACGUGAAAAUCCACCGAUCAAACCAGACUACACACAGCUCCAGAGAAAUAUUCUGGCAUCAAACCCACGGGUAACCAGGUUUCAUAUAAACUGGGAAGGCUGUGCAGAACGAAUGGAAGACUCUGAAAAUGUGGAUCCCACGUCAAACUCCAUGCUCCCGCCAUCCUGUCUCCCAGGCAAGGCCCCACCCUUAGGUAUACUACCGGAUAACUCAAUGGACUGCUUAUAGAGGCGGCCCCAAAGAUUAACUCUCAGCGCGAGACCUUAUUUUUGGAGAUUGCCUGUGGACAUUCUUGUGUGGAUGUACAGACAUCUUUGCCUUACAGCUGCCCUUAUUUACCAGAAGCUUGUCAAAUACAAACUCUCAUCUUGGGCUUAAGAUGAGUGUUUGCUCCAAGGAAGAUUAUGAACAUCUUACCGGUAUAAUCAUCACUUAGAGGUGGGGAGUUUCUUGCUAUGAUGUUAAAAGCAAUAUCGAAGUAGUUAAACUCAUGGAAGGGAAAGGGUACCCAUGAAUUGACACAGCUGAACUGAAACACCACAGAAAGCUGAUGUGUGAUUCACCUUCAUUUUGUUGGUGCAUUUGUACCCAUUUAUGAGGAUUUCAGCACUGAAGCAAUAGGUAAAUAAAUUGUUACAUGUUGCUGUACAGGACUUUGAUAAUCUGCAUUUAUAUUUGUGUUCAAAUUCCUUUGCACUUAAACCUUUUCCCACUUCGAUUUUAAGUUUUUGAUGCAUUUCAUCACUUCUCCAUGUUUGUUUGUUUGUUUGUUUAU